AUGGCCAACUCCACACUCAAUGCGCUCGUGCUGGGGUCCGUCUUCGUACUAUGCGCUAUUGUGCUCUCCAGCAAAGUAUGGCAGAUUGGACGUCGUCCUGCUGAUAUUCCUCCUGGUCCGCCAACUAUUCCGAUUUUAGGAAACUUGCAUCAGAUGCCUGUCGUGAAUCCGCACAUUCAGCUGCAAAAAUGGGCUCAAGAAUACGGCCCCAUCUACUCGUUGAUGCUCGGCACCACGACGAUGAUCGUUCUGUCCUCCGACGAGGCAGUCAAAGAUCUUCUUGAUCGCCGAAGCGGCAACUAUUCGGAUCGACCUAAUAUGUACAUAGGCCAGACAAUCGCCAGCGGUGGCCUGCGGUUGGUCGUCAUGCGCUAUGGAAAGUUCUGGCGUAUGAUUCACAAGACGAUUCACAACAUUUUGAAUAUCAAAGCCGCUGUGACUUAUGUUCCAUACCAAGACUUGGAGAAUAAGAUCAUGCUUCAAGGACUUCUUGACCAACCCGAGGACUUCCUUGCUCAUAUCCGUCGCUACACGUUCUCACUUUCGACACAAAUAAUCUUCGGAUAUCGUGCUCCAGAUACGCAAGAUCCUAAUCUUCUACAACUAUUUUGGAGCUUCGAGCGCUGGGGCAAACUUGCUGGCAGUGCAAGUGCGCAGUUGGCGGAUCUAUUCCCCAUCAUCCAGUCUCUUCCUCGCGCUCUCUCGCUUAAUAUUGGUUAUGCUGAGAUGCUGCACAAGAAGGAGAAAGAGCUGUAUGUACGACUUUGGAUGCGAGCAAAGAAUGCUUUGGAGAGCGGCAAAGGCACACCGUGCUUCUGCAACGAUCUACUUCGAGCACAAAAGACGGAGAAAUUCGACGAUGAUCAGGCAGCAUACAUCAGCGGCUCGCUGCUCGAAGCUGGUUCAGACACCACAGCAUCGAUUCUAUAUGGAUUCAUCCUGGCCUGUAUCGUCUGGCCAGACGUACAGAAAAAGAUUCAAGCAGAAAUCGAUCGCGUGGUAGGCUCCGAACGACUUCCGACGAUCGAAGACUACCAUCGACUACCAUAUGUUCGAGCUUGUAUCAAAGAAUCGCUUCGCUGGAUGCCCACUGUAGUCCUCGGCGUGCCACACGCAGCAAUACAGGAAGACAACUACAAAGGCUAUCGCAUCCCCGCAGGAGCAACUGUAAUCAACAACGUCUGGGCCAUUCAUAUGGAUCCCAAACGCUCCCCAUCACCGAGGACAUUCAACCCAGAUCGACUUGCCAACGAUCCACGAUCGCUGUACGAAUCUGCUAUGGGUGAAGCUUCGAAACGAGACAACUAUGUGUUUGGAGCCGGACGUCGUCUCUGCCAGGGUAUCCAUAUCGCAGAGCGAUCUCUCUUUUUGGGCAUCUCACGUCUGGUGUGGGCUUUUGACUUUUUGCCUACCAUCGAUACCGCCACGGGUAAGCCGAUAAAGUACGACGGCGAUGAUCUGGUUGGAGGAAUUACCGUCGAGCCCAGACACUAUAAUUGCAGAAUUGUUCCUCGCGAAAAGCAGAAAUCCAGUAUCAUUCGAGAGGCAGUUCGUAAAGAUGCGGAGGACUUUCUUGAUCCACGAACAGGCCAGUGGCGUAAUAUUCCAGAAGGCAUGGCAUUUAGUACAUGGGUACCUGAAGAAGUCGAAGCGUAG